AUGACUACUUUACUCUACGAUAGUAUCAACUAUUCGAACUCGUUGCCCAGAUUCUACGAUAUGUCGUCGUAUAGGAUUACUGUCAUGGGAUCUCAUUCAUCGGGGAAAACUUCUUUGAUCCAUAAUUGGUUGAAUGAUCAAUUCAAUUCUAAAGUACUGUCCAAUGUAUCCAACGAUGAUAUCUAUUAUAAAUCUAUCCAUUUGAACUCCACUUCCAAUAUUAAUUGUAAAUAUGUGAAGAAAUUGAACUCCAUCAUGCAUUUAAAUAAAUUGAACAAGAAAUUAAACAAGGCUACAUUGCAAUUGCAAUUUCUAGAUUCCAUCCCAAUCGAUAUCGAAGAUUAUUCCGACAUCAGAUCGGAACAAUUGCUUCAAUCAGAUUCAUUUGUUCUUUGUUUCGACCCUACUUCGGUGGAAUCGUUCAACGAAUUAAGAUAUUAUUUCAUCACUAUUGAUAGAGUCUUCAAUUCAUCCAAUUCUCAAUUGGCAUUACCUCCAAUUUUCAUUGUCAAUACAAAAUCGGAUUUGAAUUACAAGAGAACAGUUUCUAUUCAAGAGGUUAAUCUUUUAAUGUAUAAAUUGAAUCUUUCCAUCAACAAAUACUAUUUUGAAAUCACUUCGAAAUUGAAUUUAAAUACACAAAAUUUAUUAUUUACCAUUCUUAUAGAAAUUGAAAAAAAUAAAUUGAAGAAUAAAUUGAUUUUUGAAAAUUUAUCAAAUAAUAACUCCAAUACAAACAAGACUCUUUCCAAAGAUGAUUCUAAUUCUUGUUCAGUGACCGGCUCUGCUUCUGCUUCCCCCAUUAAUAACAUUCCUUCUGAUGACGCCACUAUCACUUCAACUUCCAGUAAUUCAACAAUCACAUCUUUUGUUUCUUCAACCCAAGACCCUAAUAACCUUAUUACGAAAUCUACUCCUCCAACUCCCACCACCACAGCCACUACUACUACUGCUACUACUACUACUACUACUCCUUCUUCCACCUCUAAUCAUUCUCGUACAAGAUCUACCUCGGAGUUGCCUCCACUCUAUACUCGUCAUCAUACUAACCCACUUUCAACAAAUAGUGCAACUUCCCCAAUACAUUGUAAUAAGAAAAAACUAUUCAGAUUCAAUACAACCACAAACUUACUAGAGACUACAAAUUCCACAUCAUUACUUCCUCAUACAUCAAGACUAGAUAAUGGAUCCACUUCCCCUUCAAAAGACAAUAAUAACGUGUGCAUCCUUUGUUAA